AUGCCUGCGUCUGCAGGAUCUUCUCCGCGCGAUUUUUCUGAGCACGGGGAAAUGUUGAGACAACCGUCAAACGGUAUUCCGCCCCAGCCGUCUGGGAGAGCGGUUGGAGCUACAACUACUAACACACCGGAGAAUGGGAACCCGGUGCCCCAACCGCCGCCUGUAAACGAACGGAAAACUUUUUGUCCUUCGGAAAACAAACCGUGCGAAAUGGAAGACAAUAAAGCAUACGGGACGUUUAAAAACGCCGCACCUGGACCCACGUUUGCUCCCGUUAAUUCUGCCGUGCGCAAGGAUUCCGUCGGUAAAAUGGAUCGUUCGACCGGUAAAGCCACGUCGGACUUCAUGUCUAACAAUCAAAGUGCUGUAAGGAUCGCGGCGGAGCAUAACAACACCACCGGUGACUGGACCUCCAUGAGCCAGACCACCAUCAUCCUGGGUACAGAUGGCAAUACAUCUGUUCUGCCUGGCACGGUGACCGGGGAUGAUGAUGAUGAUGGAGGAGGAGAUGAGAAUAAGGCCCGGGGGAACUGGUCCAACAAACUGGAUUUUAUUCUGUCCAUGGUGGGAUAUGCCGUGGGUUUGGGAAAUGUGUGGAGAUUCCCAUAUCUUGCUUUCCAGAAUGGUGGAGGUGCGUUUUUGAUACCUUACCUAAUCAUGUUAGGCCUCGCCGGUAUACCUAUAUUCUUGCUGGAGGUGUCUUUGGGUCAGUUCGCCAGCCAAGGCCCGGUGUCAGUAUGGAAAGCGAUCCCAGCUCUACAAGGUUGCGGGAUUGCCAUGUUGAUAAUAUCUGUCUUGAUAGCCAUAUACUAUAAUAUUAUUAUGUGCUGGACAUUGUACUACCUGUUCGCUUCGUUGAAGGAGACACUGCCAUGGGCCACCUGUAAAAAUGAAUGGAACACCGUCGAGUGCAAAGACAAAGACAUGCUGCUUUUGGACUCCUGUAUACUAAGGGACAGAGACAUCACAUCAAUCAAGAACACCACAUUCUGUUUAUCUGCAAAUGCUGUUGGGAAUUUAAAUAAACUGUUAAAUGUCACAAUGGACAAUAAAACCUAUGUCAGCCCUAGUGAGGAGUAUUUCAAGUAUAAUGUGUUGCAUAUUUCCAAGGGUAUUGAAUACCCAGGUGACAUCCGUUGGCCCUUGGCUGCUUGUCUUUUUCUGGCCUGGCUUAUUGUUUAUGCCUCUUUGGCAAAAGGGAUCAAGUCCUCAGGGAAGGUGGUGUAUUUCACUGCCACGUUCCCCUAUGUGGUGUUGGUCAUCCUUUUGAUCCGAGGGGUCACUCUGCCCGGAGCCGGUUCUGGGAUCCUUUACUUCAUAACACCCAAAUGGGAAAAACUCAAUGAUGCCAAGGUUUGGAAGGAUGCUGCUACACAGAUUUUCUUCUCUCUGUCUGCAGCAUGGGGUGGUCUUAUAACCCUCUCGUCCUACAAUAAGUUCCAUAACAACUGUUACAGGGAUACUCUCAUUGUGACGUGUAUUAACAGUGCCACAAGUGUAUUUGCUGGUUUUGUCAUUUUUUCAGUUAUUGGCUUCAUGGCUCAUGAGCUCAAAGUCCCAAUUGAGAGUGUGGCAGAUGAAGGUCCAGGAAUUGCUUUUGUGGUCUAUCCAGAGGCUCUGACUAGGUUGCCCUUGUCACCAUUCUGGGCCGUCAUCUUCUUCCUCAUGCUGCUUACACUUGGUCUGGAUACUAUGUUUGCCACCAUAGAAACUAUAGUGACGUCUGUUUCUGAUGAGUUCCCCAAGUACCUGCGCAAACACAAGCCUCUGUUCACUUUGGUUUGCUGUUUGUGCUUUUUUGUGCUGGGUUUCUCCAUGAUCACUGAGAGUGGAAUGUACAUGCUUCAGCUGGUGGACACUUUUGCAGCCUCUUAUUCUCUGGUCAUCAUUGCUAUAUUCGAACUGAUUGGAAUCUCGUACAUUUAUGGACUACAGCGGUUCUGUGAGGACAUUGAGAUGAUGAUUGGGUUCCAGCCAAACAAGUUUUGGAGAAUCUGCUGGGCCUUUGUCACACCAACUAUUCUCACAUUUAUCUUGGCACUUAGUCUGUACCAGUGGAAGGUGAUGACAUAUGAGGAUUACACUUAUCCGACCUGGUCUAUGGUUCUCGGCUGGCUUAUGGUCAUCUGUUCUGUCAUAUGGAUUCCCAUCAUGUUUUUUAUUAAGAUGCACAUUGCACCUGGAUCGUUAAUUGAGCGUCUGAAGUUGGUGUGCUCUCCUCAACCCGACUGGGGUCCAUUCCUGAUGAAACACCGCGGGGAACGCUACAAGAACAUGAUCGACCCUCUGGGUACCAACUCCCUUGGCCUCAAACUUCCCCCCAAAGAUUUCCAGCUAUCAGCCCAAUAUCAAUAAACCAAUAAGGCCUCUGAGGGUGAGCACUCACGUCAAACUCUUUCCCUAUUCAACCUCCCCUCUUUUCCAUAGCGUUCUCUUUCAGCCAUAUUCCCCCUCUUCUGACACUAUUAGAGGGGUUUUUCAGGUGGAAAGCACAGACAACUCCCUAUGAUUUUUUGUUUUCUGAAUAAUUAUUCGUAGUCAGUCUGAGAGUGGGUCUUUCGUGCACA